AUGACGGAGGUUGGGUAUGGAUCAAAUCAGUCUAGAGGAGCAACAAGAUCCGCCACCCCAUUACGGCGUUGCAGCCUCUCAAGAGUUCCAGAAAGGUCGUUGAUAUCAUUGAGGACCCCAGUUAGCUUCAGCUGUGGGGGAUGGGCAAGUCUUCCCGUGCUCGUCUUUUUGAUUCUGGAUAAUUUAUUAGAACCCAUUGACCAUGUUCGUUUUGCUGCUGUUUGCAAGCAAUGGCGUUCUAUGUCCAAACUCUAUAAUCAAGCAACGCAACGGUGGCGCAAUAAACAACUUGCCCCCAUGCUCUUGAUCCCAAACCAGGACGAUGACCACCGAAGAGUAGUGUACAGCAUUUCUGAAGGAAGAGUUUAUAGCAAUAUUCGGCUGCAAGUACCUUUUAGCAGGAGGUGUUGUGGCUCUAGCCAUGGCUGGUUGGCCACAGUUGAUACAACAGAGCAAGGAUGUCCGGUGGUAGUACUCAGGAACCCUUUCACAAAAGCAAAGCCCAUCUUUCUCCCUCCCUUGGAUAUCCUUAUCGCAAAGUACGAAACCUCUUACCAUGAGCAUUACGUUCGUAAGGUUAUCUUGUCCGUUGACCCCACUAUGAAUCCAGAGAAUUAUGUGGUUGUAGCACUUUGCGGUCGCUGGCCUAUGUUGGCUUUCAUCAAGGCAGGUCAAAACACUUGGACUUACCCCAGCCCAAAUGGUAACUUUGGUGAUGUUAUAUUCUAUAAAAGCAAAGUGUACGCACUUGAAGCCAUGGGAGACAUUGAGUCAUUGGAUGUUUUUAGCAGUGAUAGUAACCCUUCACAGCCGCCACAACUGAAGCCACGCACACCUUUUCGGCCAUUUGAACCUUAUUGUUUUCAUGCAUAUCUUGUGGAAUCAAUUAAGGGAGAUUUGUUGCAUAUCUUAAGAUUUUAUGCGUUAAUUGAUGGUAGGUUCAACUAUGGUGCUGGGCGGCGGACUACGCACUUCAUGAUUUACAAGUGGGUGUUUGACAAUGAAGAUGAAGGAUCUAUUGGGCACAAUGUUGAGGUGAAAAGCAUUGGAGAUGAGGCUCUCGAUGAUUACAUAUCAAACUAUCCAUCCUUAGAGGGUGAUGAACCAUAUGAUAUGGGUAUCUUCAACUUGGAGGACGGAACCAUCACACAACAUUACUCUCUACACUCCAAUUCGCAGAGAGCGAUUUGGGUUGUGCCGCCAUUUAAUGGACUAUUUUAG